UGCAUGAAUUCUGCCGGUGUAUACUAAAGCUUUGUUUACAUAUAUAUAUUUCCACUUGUUGAACCGAAGUUGUUAAUUGAAUAUUUCUAAUUGUACGAAAGUUAAUUUUUAGAUUUUAAAGUUAACUAAAUGGAUCUACACGCGUUUUGCCGAUCGCUACCAAAGAUAGAACUUCAUGCUCAUUUGAAUGGAUCUGUUAGUUCUUGCACUCUUAAGAAAUUACGCAAAUUGCAAUUUUCUGGGGCAGAAUUUAAUCAAGAUAUCGAAAAUGACAAAGAUCCAUUGUCACUUGAAGAGUUUUUUGAGAGUAUAGAUAUCGUUCAUCAAUUGACAAAUACUCCAAACGCUAUAUUUAAAGUAUCAUGUGAUGUUAUUAAGGAAUUCUGGGAAGAUAAUGUUAUUUACUUGGAAUUAAGGAGUACACCACGAGAAGUUGAAGGAAGUAUGACAAAGAAGGAAUAUAUAUUGGCUAUAAUAAGAGCCAUUGAGAUGUGUAAAAUAGAAUGUCCUAACAUUCUUGUUAAACUUUUAAUAUCAGUCAAUCGUAAACAUGGUUAUGACGCUGCAAAGGAAAACAUUGAACUUGCUAUAUCUAUGCACAAAGAAUACCUUGAUAUAGUCGGUAUCGAUCUAAGUGGUGAUCCAACACAAGGAGAUGUAUUUAUAGAAUUAUUGGAUAAAUGUCGUAAAGUUGGUCUGAAAAUUUCAGCUCAUUGUGCAGAGGUUCCUAAUGAGAUAGAGGUAAUGGACAUUAUAAACUUUAAACCAGAUAGAUUAGGCCAUUGCACAUGUGUCCAUCCGAAUUUAGGAGGAUCACAGUUGUUAUUUGACAUGCUUCUUCGAUCAAAAAUUCCAGUAGAAUUGUGCCUGACAUCUAACGUAAAAUGUAAAACUGUACCUUCUUAUGAAUCUCAUCAUUUUAAAUACUUAUAUGAAAAUGGACAUCCGUUAUGUAUAUCUACCGAUGAUAAAGGUGUGUUUAAUACCUCAUUAUCUGAAGAAUUUAGACUGGUUAGUCAACACUUUGGAUUAAAAAAAGAAGAUUUAAAUGACAUUUCAAAGGCGUCCGUUCAAUUCGCUUUUGUCACUGAAGAGGAAAAGGCCAAGUUAACGGCUGUAAUUAAUAACUUUUGUUGAAGUCAUGUCAUUUUAGCAAUUGCAAUCUCGAUAAACAAGUACGAAACGUUUCGCUCGAACCGUGAUCUACUGUUGAGUAGAAAGUUAAAGCAGUAUACUAUUGCAACGUUUAUGGAUCAAUAAAUCACUGCCUGAUUUCGUAAUAUUUCUUGAUUUUCAUUAAUCAUUUUGUUCAUUUCAAGAGAAUAAGUGGUAAGUCUGUAUAUAAUUCACAGAACAGAGUCGUAAAUUACCGACACUCUUUGAAUAAUCAGAAAACUUCUGAGCAGAAUGCUAUGACUUCUCUACAACACAUUGGCAUUUUCUUUUGACAAGGUUAUAGUCAUCGAAUUUCCUAGCAAAACAUUUUAACACUUUGAGUGCCGCAGCUCGCUACAACGAAGGUGUUAAAAUACGUAUAAAAGUAAUGUCGAUUUUAUUCAUAAUCGUGGAGCACGUUUACAUAGAUUUACAGAUAGUAACUACGCAGCUACCUAAGGACACUACAAUAAUUAAAUGUCAUCGGUGUUCUGUGUCUUCUUUAAUACUAAUAUAUGUAUAUAUGUAUGUAUGUAUGUAUAUAUAUAUACAACAUUUAUAAUAA